AUGCCUGGAUGGCUAGACAUCCAUGCGCGAUCCACCACAAGAUAUACCACCUUUGAGGCACUCGCCUUGCACGAGUCUAUAUCGCCGGACCGGUGGUGCGUCACGCGUGCAGACCUGAGGCACCUGCGGAAGGAGGUGCGGAGGGCCAUCCAGGCUGGCGAGAUACGGCCGCCAGAUGAUGGCUCUCACGAGUUUCAGAGUUCUGACGAGCUGUACGGGCCCAGCAUCUACACAGUGAACACGCAGCACAUCAUGCCGGUGACAGAGCAAGCGGGCAAGGUGAGCUGGGCUUUGAUGCGACACCCGGAUGGCUUGGACUGCGACCUGUUCAUCAGCCAUGCGUGGCAGGAGGGCGUCUUCGAGUUCCUCUCCAAGGUGCUACACUCUUGGCCAGCAGGUGCGCGACACGCCUGGUGCUGCAUGCUGGCCAACCCGCAAAACUUGGACAUUGGAGCCUUGCUGCAGUCUCCCAGCAGCUCGCCAUUCGCGCUGGCUCUUCAAGCUUCGUCGUGCGUCCUGGUGGUGCCCAACCGCCACUGCAGCAUCUACACGAGGCUUUGGUGCAGCUACGAGGCCUACAUUGCGCAUCAAUCGGGAAAGGUGAUCCUCGUCGCCACUAGCUCGACCAGGAGGAAGCUUGUCUUUGCCUUGCUCCAGAACAUCGCACUAGGACUUCUCGGCACGCUCUUGGCUUACCUUCUGCGAUGCCGGAGGCAUGCCGACGACAGCUCCCAAGCAGAUCACUCGAUCAGCGUCGUCGCACUGUGUCUGGUGAUCAUCAGCCUAACGGCCAGUACAACUCUCCAACACCAGCAGUGCAGAGCGUUCCUGAACCGGAUUGGACCAUUGACGUCGGGAUUUCUGAUGGUUCAUUGGGACAGCGUUCACAGCUUCCCGUGCAUGCCAGGAUUGUCAGACCACACCAGUGUGCUCGAACAGCGAGUGCGUCUUCUCAUGUAUGCCGGCUUUUUCUAUUUGCUGGAGGUCGACCGUGUGAAUGGCCAGUCUAAAGGUGAGGCGGCAGUGCAACUGCAGCGUGGCUUUCAGGGAUCGAUCAAACAUGCAGCAUGCUCGAAGCCUGGCGAUGCGGCACGGAUUCAUUCCGAGAUCGGCGCUCAAACCGAGGCAGUAGACUAUGCCAUCCAGGUGCUGCUGACGGCCGGGAUGUCAACACCCACGCUGAGAAUCGUCGCGCGCGCGGGGGUGGGGAUCCAGGAUGCAGGCCAUGCUGAGAUUGCAGUCCCCUUCAGUGUCUUGGUCUUCUUGACAUUCACUGGAGCUUGGACACUCCUCGAGGGGAGUCUUCACUUGCACCACGCCGACCUACCCCUCUGCCUUCCCUUACUUGGUAGGGUCAGCCUGAUGGUUAUGAUCUAUCGCAGUGCAGCGGACGCACGCUGCUUCAUCAUGAAGAUGAUGACGAAGCUGGUUGCGUUUUACUUUGUGGUCCUCUUUCCCUUCCUCUUGUCGUUGGAAUGGGCGAAGAAGGCUUUUUCCCAGCCAGACAGUGCGGACCUAUCCGACCAAGCAUACGCCUCCAUCGUGCUGCUCCUGGCCAUGUGCACCUUCGCUUGCCUUG